AUGUUGAAAAAUUGUUUUUUACCGAUAUUCGAGUUUGAAGAAUUCAUACAGCAUUUUAAGAAUGUUCAUUUGGAAAUAAAAGAUGAAAGCAGAACAAGUAAGCCGGCAACAUCUAAAUGGGAACUGGAAGAAGAAGGAAAUGAACGAAUAAUAAAGUUAGAAAUUACAAAAAAUGUGCACCAAAACGCUACAGAAUCGAAUGCAGAUUAUCCAACACAUACAAAAGAUGUUGAAGAAUGUAUAUGGAGUAUGGAUAAUAGUGUGGACUCUGAUGAGGACUAUGAUUUUGAAGCAAAUUCUGAAGAUGAUGGAUUGCACGAAGGCGUAGAAGUACAAGGUAAAAGUUUACUGACAAAGACCAGAAAACCUAAGGAAUAUAGCUGUGAAAUAUGUAGUAAAAAAUAUGCCGAUUCCAGGCGUUUAAAAGUGCACGUAGCACUGGUACAUUUACGUGAAAAACCUUUCAAGUGUUCUCAAUGUGAUGAGACCUGUGCUGAAGAACGCUAUCUAAAAAAUCACAUUCGCUGCCACCACACCGGAUUCGAAUGUCCAGAGUGUCAUAAAAGAUUUAAAACAAAUCCCAGUCUAAAACGUCAUUUGUUAAUACAUGUAAAAAAAAAAGAUUUUAUUUGUAAUGAGAAAAAUUGUGGCAAAGAUUUUCCUACCCAGGGGAGGUUGCGAGAGCAUCAACGUUAUCACAAUAGCGAAAUGUUUAUAUGUGAAGAAUGUGGGUACAAGUGUCGGAAACGGGAAUCAUUAGUUGUACAUAAACGUCAUCAUACGGGAGAGAAACCAUUUGGCUGUAAACUUUGUGAACGUCGAUUUGGUUCGAAAGAGUUACUAAACGAACACAUGGCCAGUCAUGAAACUGUGCGUAAGCAUAUUUGUGAUGUUUGUGGUAAAAGUUUUAAUAGGCCCAAGGCACUAUAUCAUCACAAACACUUGCAUUUGGGUGUAAAGAAAUUUGUUUGUAAAAUAUGUGGCCAGGCAUAUGCACAAGCAGCUGGUCUAUCGGCCCACAUGCGUAAACAUAGAGAAAACGUUAACUCAUUUACGAAUCUCAGCAAAAUGUUAAAAUCUUGUUUUCUACCAACCUUGUACACAAAUUUUACCAAUAAAACUUGUGGCGAAAUUGUUUGCCAAACCGAAACAACUUUUACCAUAAUAUGUAAAAUAUGUGAUAUUAAAAUAUUUGAUUAUAAUGAAUUUAUCAAACAUUUUCGCACUACACAUUGGCCAGAAAUUUGUAAAGAUAAAACUGGAAGCAAACAGUCAUCAAAAAAUAAUCCCACCUAUGAUGUAGAUAGUUUGGAAAAAAUCAUAAAAACAGAAAAUGAAACGGAUGUAGACGAAAUCAAAACCGAGUUUAAUGUUGAGCAGCUGGCAAUUGUUAAUAAUAAAUCAAAUGAAGAGUUGAUGUGCAAUGACAGUGAGAAGGAGGACGCAGUUUGUAGUAUGGAAUUUGAUAACCAGGACAGUGAUUCAGAGGAGAUGUCAAAACCCUUGGUGAUAUUAAAAAAGGCAACUACCAAAAACGAAACCUCCAAAGAAAAACGUUUUGAAUGUGCCCAAUGCAAACGAAAGUUUACCACAAAAUUCUAUUUACGCUUUCAUAUACGGCAACAACAUGAACCAAAGAAUUUCCAAUGUGAUAAAUGUGACAAAUCAUUUGUGGAGAAACGUUAUCUAACACAGCACCAGCGCUCGCACAUCGGCUACACUUGCCAAAUUUGCCACAAAGUCUUUGAUAAAUAUGAAGCUCUGCGUUAUCAUGCCGAAAGUCACAUAGAAUCAAAAAAUUUCAUCUGUGAUUACGAAACAUGCGGCAAAGCUUUUCCCAGCAAACGUCGCCUAAGCGCUCACAAGCGCAGUCACUUUGUGCGCUUAUCACAUUUACUCACAGCUAACUAUGUUUGUGAAGUAUGUGGCUCAGGGCAGAGGGAUAAAAAUGCAUUAAUUAGUCACAAACGCUCACACACAGGGGAAAAGCCAUUUGCAUGCACCAUAUGUGAUCGACGUUUUAUGACCAAAUCAUUGUUAUUAGAACAUAAAGCUUGUCAUGAAACGGAACGUAAGCAUGUAUGUGAGGUGUGCGGUAAAAGUUUUAAUCGCCCGAAAGCACUUUAUCAUCAUAAGCAUUUACAUUUGGGCGUAAAGAAAUUUGUUUGUAAAUUGUGUGGUGCUGCAUAUGCUCAGGGCGCCGGUUUAUCCGCUCAUAUGCGUAAACAUAAGGAGAAUAAGAUUAUAACUGAUAAACAAAUCAGGAAAAUGUUAAAAACUUGUUUUCUACCAACCUCGUACACAAAUUUUACUAAUAAAACUUGUGGCGAAAUUGUUUGCCAAACCGAAACAACUUUUACCAUAAUAUGUAAAAUAUGUGAUAUUAAAAUAUUUGAUUAUAAUGAAUUUAUCAAACAUUUUCGCACUACACAUUGGCCAGAAAUUUGUAAAGAUAAAACUGGAAGCAAACAGUCAACAAAAAAUAAUCCCACCUAUGAUGUAGAUAAUUUGGAAAAAAUCAUAAAAACAGAACAUGAAACGGAUGUAGACGAAAUCAAAACCGAGUUUAAUGUUGAGCAGCUGGCAAUUGUUAAUAAUAAAUCAAAUGAAGAGUUGAUGUGCAAUGACAGUGAGAAGGAGGACACAGUUAGUGGUAUGGAAUUUGAUAACCAGGACAGUGAUUCAGAGGAGAUGUCAAAACCCUUGGUGAUAUUAAAAAAGGCAACUGCCAAAAACGAAAACUCCAAAGAAAAACGUUUUGAAUGUGCCCAAUGCAAACGAAAGUUUACGACAAAAUUCUAUUUACGAUUUCAUAUACGGCAACAACAUGAACCAAAGAAUUUCCAAUGUGAUAAAUGUAACAAAUCGUUUGUGGAGAAGCGUUAUCUAACACUGCACCAGCGCUCGCACAUCGGCUACACUUGCCAAAUUUGCCAUAAAGUCUUUGAUAAAUAUGAAGCUCUGCGUUAUCAUGGCGAAAGUCACAUAGAAUCCAGAAAUUUCAUCUGUGAUUACGAAACAUGUGGCAAAGCUUUUCCCAACAAUCGUCGCCUAAGCGCUCACAAGCGCAGUCACUUUGCCCAGCCUUCGUUUGUUUGCGAGAUAUGUGGUUCGCGACAACGCAGCAAAGAGUUUUUAAUUGUACACAUACGCACGCAUACGGGUGAAAAGCCCUAUGCUUGUAAUCAAUGUGAUCGACGUUUUGCCUCAAAACAUUUCCUACAAGAUCAUCAGGCCGUACAUGCUACGGAACGUUCACAUGUGUGCACGGUUUGUGGCAAGGCCUUUGCCAGCAGUAAAUCGCUCUAUCAUCAUCGUCAUCUGCACUCGGACAUUAAGAAAUACGUAUGUAAAAUUUGUAAUAGUGCGUAUUCACAGGCGGCCGGACUGUCAGCUCAUAUGCGUAAACAUAAACAGGAUAGUGGUCUAUUGGAUACUGAAGAGACAAUGGUUGGUGAGAGUAAUACAUUUUCUUAAUGUUGUAAUAAAAUUUGUAUAAACUAAGUAAAUAUUUAUUACUAAA